CGAGGCCACCAUGGCCCGCAGCAUGUCCCCAGUUGCCAGGUGGCAAACGCAGUAGGUCUCAGCCAGCUUCGGAGCCUGCGGGAGAGCACAACACGAGCCUGUGGCAUUUGUGGGAUGGAGCAAUGGAACUGUGUCCAAGUGCACAGGACUGAUCGACCAGGUAGGGCAUCUGCAGCUAUGGCAGAGCUGGAUCUGCUGCCGGGGAACCCACCAAAACUGGCAGCAGCACAACAAGGGCAGAAAAUCAAUCCCUGACAUCUUCCCGACUAACUCCCCCGGCUGGUGUCCCAGCCAAACAGGCGCUGCUCAGCCUUUAAUCUGCAGGAAGCCUCGUUUCCCUGGCAGCAGUAUUUCAGAGGUAUUUUUGGCUCUUUUUCCCCCAAGGGUCCCUGCGCACACGAUGCACACGCAGCCACGAGUGCCCUCGCACCAGGGCCGGGCUGCAGGCAGGCUCGCAGCGCUCCGCACCGUCAGGCUGGGGAUGAGCUGCUGGCGCGGCAGGGACUCGAAACCUUGGACCCCCAGCAACAGCUACUCCUCGGGGUGCUGCAGGAGCUCGGCGUUCCUCGGGGGGCCCCCCUGACAGCACGCCUAGACCCCCCAGAGUGAGGCGUUGGACCUUGUGUGUUGCAUGCUUAGAAGCUAUACCCUACUUGAGGAGGCUUUAAACUAGCGUUAUCCCACCUUGACCAUGAAUGGAUACUUGCAUGAAUCCAACUUCAUGAUGGUUGAGGAGGGCUUCACCACCAGAGACCUCCUGGAGACCCUCCUCAUGGAGCUGUGCCCGGCGAGCGAGCAGCAAGCCUUCUUCCUGGCAGACCUUGGAGAUAUCGUGAAGAAACAUCUGCGUUUCCUGAAGGCCUUGCCCCGUGUGAAACCCUACUUCCCCGUUAAGUGCAACGGCAGUGAGGGAGUGAUUCGGCUGCUGGCGGAGCUGGGCGCAGGCUUUGCCUGUACCAACAAGGCAGAGAUCACCCGUGUUCAAAGCAUCGGAGUCCCGGCUGACAAGAUCUUCUACAGUAGCCCCUGCAAGCAGAUUGCCCACAUCAAAUACGCAGCCAGCCACGGUGUGCAGCUGAUGACCUUUGACAACGAGGUGGAGCUGAGCAAGGUGGCCAGGAGCCACCCUCAUGCCAGGAUGUUGUUGGGUAUUACUGCUGAUUCCAGCCCUGCUCCCUAUCUGAGCAUGACGUUUGGGACCACUCUCGAGUCCUGCCGGCACCUGCUAGAGGCAGCGAAGGAGCAGGCUGUGGAGGUUGUUGGUGUCAGCUUUCACCUUGGGAGCGGCGGUCUGGAGCCCCAGGCCUUUGCUCAGUCGGUGGCUGCGGCGCAGCUGGCCUUCGAGGUGGGCACAGAGCUGGGCUACCGGAUGCACCUCCUGGACAUCGGAGGGGGAUUCCCUGGCACCGAGGACACCAGAGCCCGGUUUGAAGAGAUCGCUGCCGUGAUAAACUCUGCCUUGGAUUUGUAUUUCCCAGACGGCUGCGGGGUGGAGAUCGUCGCGACACCCGGGCGAUACUACGUCACCUCUGCGUUCACCUUCGCUGCCAACAUCACGGCCAGGGACGAGGCUCCCGCGGAGCAGCCCGGCUCCGACGGUAGGUGGGACGGUGGGGACGGGCCCUCCUGUGUGCCCGAGCCCCCCCCCGAGCCCUCUCCCUGCUGCCCUCCAGAGGAAGAGUCUGGCAGCAGGAAGAGCCUCGUGUAUCACCUCAGCGACGGUGUCUACGGCGCUUUCAGCUGCCUGCUGUUCGACAGCCCCUGCCCCAGGCCUCAGCUGCGCAAGAGACCCUGCCCAGACCCCCCCUCGCGCAGCAGCUCCCUCCGAGGCCCCCCAGGACACGCAGAGGGUCGCAUCGCCGAUGGCCUGGAGCUGCCUGAGCUGCAGGUUGGGGACUGGCUGAUUUUUAAGGACAUGGGUGCCUACACCAUCGCAAGUUCGUCCUCGCUUGUGGGGUGUCCCCAGCCACAGAUCACCUACGCCAUGUCCCGCGUGGCCUGGAAAGCCAUCCAGCUCCUCCAAGGAAAACCACCACAAACAGAAGACGACCGCGAGAGCGUCUGCGCCCGGCUGUCCUGCGGCUGGGAGAUGGCGGAGACGCUCUGCGUCACCCCGGCCUGCGCUCCCGCCGGCAUCAUCUGAGCCACCCCCGCCCCGCCGGCAUCGCCCCGCUCCGCUCUCACGGGGGGGACUCGCGUCCAGGGCUUUGAAGUUUGAGCCACGAAUCCCGUUCCUCCUGCUCGUGCGCUGUGCUGCGCCUACCAAAGGGGUUUGGCGGGUGGCGCCGAGCAGGUUUGGGUUCUUUUUCUUUUUUAAGAGUUAUGGUAAUAAAUGGUUGUCCAGCGCGGC